AUGGGCAGGGCUUUUGAAUGAAUCGAUAUUGCUAAACUACACGCUUGAAUCAGGCAGAGCAGACGGACCAUUUCUGGACAGGCGUGUUGAGUUGAAGGUUUGUUCUCUGAGCUAGAGGCUGCAGUAAAGCGAUAAAAUGAUCAUCGUCAUUGAAGAUCAGGAAGGCUUUGACAAAGCUCUGGCUGAGGCAGGUGAUAAGCUUGUAGUGGUUGACUUUACAGCCACGUGGUGUGGGCCUUGUCAGAGCAUCGCACCUUUUUACAAAGGUCUGUCUGAAAAUCCUUCCUAUGCUAAUGUGGUCUUCCUCAAAGUGGACGUGGACGACGCACAGGAUGUAGCCCAGUCUUGUGAGAUCAAAUGUAUGCCGACAUUCCACUUCUACAAGAACGGGAAGAAGCUGGAUGAUUUUUCGGGGUCCAACCAGGCUAAACUGGAAGAGAUGGUGAACCAAUACAAAAACUAAGCCUGAUAUGACACUCAAAAAUGUUUCCUGUGCAGCCCAAGCUCAAAUUUCACUAACAAAACAUGUCCACUUGUUUUGUUAUUCAUAAAUGGACUUUCAUUUAAUCGUUUUAGCUGGUCAGAUUCUGCCUUAUAAAAUCUGUCAUCCAUUUCCAUAAUGAAGGAUUACCUCUGUAUGUCCCUGUGUUCACACGUAACUCAUAUUAAAUGUCUUUUUUUCAGGAUCAAUAAACACAAUUAUAAAAAAAAAA